UCAUGGCGCCGCCCGUCCGGAUCACGGCUGCAGUGUCGGAUCACAGAAGUUUAAUCAUGUUCUAGCAACGUUGUGAAGUCUUCCCGGGUAUCCUCUUCUUGCUCUCAGGACACUUCGUGCUAGCGACCUCCCCUCCGCCCACAAGGCGGCUGGCUGCAGACAUGAUGGAAGAUAAAGGUCCUCGGGUUGCAGACUACUUUGUGGUGGCAGGACUGACCGAAACCUCCAAACUCCUGGAUCAUGAUAUGGGACGUGUGGAGACUAAAGCAGUAGGCCCCAAAGCACCAAUCACGGAUAUCGCUGUUAUAAAUAGGACAGCUGGUGAGACAGUGCCAGAGGGAUAUACAUGCAUUGAGGUCACACCGAGUGGUCUUCAAGCAAAUCUCAACCAUGGCAGUCUGAAGAGCCCGGAGCUGUUUGUUUGUUACAAACGAGAGAGGGGGAAAGCACCACUGAUUGAUGUCGGAGUGCUGUAUGAGGGAAAAGAGCGUCUCAUGUCGGGCUGUGAGACAAUCCAAGCAACUCCAUAUGGACGCUGUGCUAAUGUAAACAACAGCUCAGCUACAUCCUCAAGAAUAUUCAUCACCUAUCGCCGAGCAGCUCUUGACCGGACCCAGAAUUCUCUUGCUGUUACUGACAUCUGCAUGAUCAUCACCAACAAAGGGGAGAUCCCACCUCAUACUUUCUGUAAGGUGGAUAAAAACCUUAACUGUGGCAUGUGGGGGUCCAACGUAUUCCUGUGCUACAAGAAGUCUGUGCCUGCUUCAAACUCUAUUGCUUAUAAAGCUGAUAUGAUCUUCAGAUAUCCAGAAGAAGAUUGUGAGUCAUUUCCACUACCUGAAUCUGUGCCUCUCUUCUGUCUUCCUAUGGGAGCUACCAUUGAAUGCUGGGCUCCCAAAAUCAAGUACCCGCUUCCUGUCUUUUCUACGUUUGUCCUCACUGGCUCCACAGCAGAGAAGGUUUAUGGCGCUGCUAUUCAGUUCUAUGAACCAUACAACCGCGAAAUGCUGUCUGAGAAACAGAUGAGCCAGCUCGGGCUUAUUACAGCUGUGGAGAAGAAAGUAAUGACUUCUAAAAUGAUCAAUACCAACAAGUGCAUCUGCCUGCUCUCUCACUGGCCCUUCUUUGAUACCUUUCGAAAGUUUUUAAUGUUCAUCUACAAGCUCUCCGUGUCUGGUCCUCACACACUUCCUAUUGAAAAACAUAUUUCACACUUCAUGCAUAAUGUCCCUUUCCCAUCUCCUCAGAGGCCAAGAAUCCUUGUGCAGUUAUCAGCACAUGAUACAUUGGUUCUCUCCCAGCCUGUGUCAACUCCAUUACCACUCAGUGGAGCAAAUUUUAGUACACUGGUGAUUAACCUGGGGCCAGAAAACUGUGCCACCUUACUGCAAUUUGUACUGAUAGAGAGCAAAAUCCUCCUUCAUUCCCUGCGACCAGCGGUUCUGACUGGAGUGGCUGAAGCCGUUGUGGCUAUGAUCUUCCCUUUCCAGUGGCAGUGUCCGUAUGUUCCCCUGUGCCCAUUGUCUCUGGCAGGAGUACUUAGUGCCCCUGUCCCAUUUAUUGUCGGUGUGGAUUCUCGGUACUUUGAUCUGUAUGACCCACCCCAGGAUGUUGUGUGCGUCGACUUGGACACAAACACGAUUUACACGGGGGAGGACAAGAGAAAUGUGACAUGGAAACAGCUUCCAAAGAAACCAGUGAAGAACCUUCUUAGUGUGCUGAGAAAAAUCCAUCCUUUGUUGAAAGUCCACAGACAAACCCAAGAGCAGAGUGGGUUGGAGAUGACUCCUAUUGAAGCUGACUUCACUUGGCAAAAGAAAAUGAGGGAGAUGGAGUUGGAAAUACAGGAAGCAUUUCUGCGUUUUAUGGCAACUAUACUGAAAGGCUACAGGCCUUACUUAAAGCCCAUAACUGAAGCUCCUUCUAAAAAGGCCACUGCAGCUAACUCCCUUUUUGACCACCAAGGGUUUUUGAAAAGUAGGGAUCGAUCCCACAUGAAGUUUUACUCGCAGCUGACAAAAACUCAGAUCUUCAUCCGCUUCAUCGAAGAGUGCAGCUUUGUCAGCGACAAGGACACCAGUUUGGCAUUUUUUGAUGACUGCAUUGAAAAGCUGUUCCCGGAGAAGGGCAAUGAAAAAGGAGACAAGGUAGACCAGGAAUCCCCAGAGGACACCCGUCUGAUAGAGCUAGAUGAGUCUCAGAAGAGUGAGCACACCGUUUUUAUAAUGCCACCUGAGCCUCUGCCAGAGGAUGGGCCUGAUGCAGCUCCAAAAUAUAGCUACAAAUGUUUUCCGAGACUUGAUUAUUCUCUCUUUGACCGGACUCGUGAGCAAUACCUUACAUUUAAUGGAAACUCAAAAGACAGGCGAGCUGCAAGCAGUCCUACGUUUAUUGCUAAGAGGACCAAACAGGAAGUUAAAACUGCUCACAAGUUAGCCAAGAAAUAUUACACCAAUCCCAGUAACUGGCCCAAGUGCUUGUUUAGCCACUGCUUCAGCCUGUGGUUCAUCUGCCUGCCAGUUUACGUAAAGGUGUCCCAGUCCAAAUCCAGAGCACUUCAGAAGUCUUAUGAAGCAUUGGUGAAAAUGAGAAAGACUGAAGUAGAUCCACCGGAUGAGGUUUGCUACCGAGUGGUAAUGCAGUUGUGUGGCAUUUGGGAGAACCCUGCUUUGGCAGUAAAAGUCUUAUUUGAAAUGAAGAAUGCUGGAAUACAGCCCAAUGCGAUCACAUAUGGUUACUACAAUAAGGUUGUUCUGGUGAGUCCCUGGCCAAGCAGUAACCGUAGUGGGAAUUUUUUGUGGACAAAAGUCAGAAAUGUGAUAUUUGGAUUAGCACAGUUUCGUAAACCAAUGAAAAAGGCUAAGCCAGAAUCCAGGUCCGCCUCAGGAACAGCUCCUCAGAGUGCUGCACGUGAGAGUGAUGGGGACAUGGUGAGCCAUCAUGGCAUGGAUAAUUGUAACGAUGCUAACUCUGGGGAGCACACUGUCUUCGUGAGAGAUCUAAUCAGGCUUGAGUCUACUGAUACUACUGAUAUGCACUCUAACUCAGGGAGUCGGGUCGAUGAGAGGACAGGACCCAAAGAUGAACUCCACAAGGACAAAGCUUUGAUUCAUGAAGAUCAGGAAAACCGCAUAGAAACAGAUCAUGUUUCAAAAUUAAGUCAGCAGCCUGAAGGAAAUGAAGAAUUGCUUUCAUCUUCUGGUGUACUAGAAUCUUGCUUUGAUUUAGCACCAGAAAAGUUAGUGUCGGUCUCUGAAGCUUGCAGUCCACCUGAAUCCCCACCCUGUGGAAGCAGUAUUGUUAAAGUGCCUUCUGGUAUCUUUGAUGCAACAGGGAGAAAGAAUAGUAGUGGCGCCCUGCCAGCCCAGCUACCUACAGUUAAAGACUCUGUUGAUGACUCUGUCUUUCUAAGUGAAGCUCAGAGUAAGAAAUCUGAAGAGAGGGCCCAGAAGAGACAGAAAAUGUUUACAGAAAGAAGCUGCAGUUUCAGUGCGGAGAGCAGGGCAGGCAUGAUGCUGAAAAAAGGCAGUCUAGACAUCACAACCAAUGAAAUGGCUAUGAAGAUGGGAGCAGAUGCCAAGAUCCUUACAGCAGCACUUUCAAAGACCCCACCACAUCCACAGACAAGCACACAGUUCAAUUUUGAAACUGUAGAUGGCCAACCUCCCUCUUUGACAAAAGAAAGGCAAAAAGGUCAUCAAAGAAACACAGCUGAACAGACUGCAGAACAGACACCAGUACAAAGAUUGCAGGAAGUGUUUGACCCCUUAGAUACUGUCAAAGAGGAAAGCACAGUGGAGUCUCCUGAGACUGUGCAACCUGAAGAAGACGAAAAGCCUGUUACUGAAAAAAACACAGAGGAAUCAAGUAAGAGAAACAGUUUAUAUGGUGUCCCUAAAGCAGUGGAGCGGGAAGGAGUAAAGACAGGCCUUGAUCCAUUAUCUCUUCUGGCAUCAGAAUCAGUGGAGAAAACACCACCCCCAGCUGAGGAGAAAACAGUAUCUCCAGUUGUUGCACGUAACCUAGCAGAUGAAAUUGAAAGCUACAUGAAUUUGAAAAGCCCUCUUGGCACCAAGUCAUCCAGCAUGGAACUUAGAAACAAGGAGUCUACUAAGGAAGAAGAAAAGCUCAGUCAAGGUAGCCUUGAGAGGAGGUCAAGUCUGCCGGUAGACUCUGUGCCUUCUGCUGAUGUGCAGACUGAGAAUCAGAAGAACUCUGUGUCUAGGUCUAAAACCUUUGGCAACAGUCCAAAGCAUCACCUGAGAAACCAAAAGGAGCGUUCUCUCUCACUGACUGCUCUCGUGCGCAACUCACAACAUGGAUCUUUGGGUUCAAUGGUAAAUUCACUGCCUGGACUUAAACUUGACCAUCUUUUGACGGGGCCCAAAAUGGAUGUGCUAAAAUCCAGCAUGAAGCAAGCAGCCACUGUAGCCAGCAAGAUGUGGGGAGCAGUAGCAUCUGCUUAUAACUAUUCUGAUGAGGAGGAGGAUGGCCAUCAAGGUAACACCCUCUUUCCUUCAAGUGUUGAUGAACACAUUCAAGGUGACAAUAUCAAGACAACAUUGCAUGGAUUGUCUGCCAACAACCUGAAUCACAGCACUACCAGCCUGGGCAGCAGCAGCAGUGGAGAUACCGGCAAACAGAGCUACACAAACAGUGAUUUAGUACCUGGAAAAGGUGUUCGAGGCUUGGAGUUAGAGAGGUCAGAACAUGGAUCUUCUCCGAAUACCAGCUUAACAAGCAUUUUUCAGAACUGUGCCAUUGAGGUCCUGAUGUCCAGUUGUUCUCAGUGUAGAGCUUGUGAUGCUUUGGUUUAUGAGGAAGAGAUUAUGGCAGGAUGGACUGCAGAUGACUCCAAUCUGAACACUGUAUGCCCCUUUUGUAAAACCACCUUCUUGCCUUUCCUCUACAUUGAAUUCAAGGAUCUGCGUGGCUCUGCCAGUUUUUACCUCAAGCCAGGUAUCUCGGGGGACAGCCUACAAAGCAGUAACCAUCAAUCAACAACAGAGACCGCUCAACAUAAAAAAGAAUCAUCACCCUCCACCAGUGACAUAAACUAUGCAGCAGAAUCCCAACCUCUACUUGCUACAGAAGAACACACAAGAAAGCCCACUGUUCAAGGGCAUAUUUCUUCCUAUUCCAGUGACGUCCAUGGGGCAGAUGAAAAGCCUUUAGACAACAAUGGUGCUUCGAAACGAGUUGCCUCUCUCACAAGAAGCCACAGUGUGGGUGGACCUCUCCAGAAUAUUGACCUUUCACAGAGACCUUCACAUGGGGUGUCCACUGUCAGCCUACCCAACAGCCUUCAAGAAGUUGUGGAUCCUUUAGAGAAGAGGCAUAAUCCUCCACCUGUUUCUGUUCCUUAUCUAAGUCCACUUGUGCUUCGCAAGGAGCUGGAGUCUUUGCUGGAAAAUGAUGGAGACCAAGUCAUCCACACAUCCACUUUCAUCAAUCAGCAUCCCAUUAUCUUCUGGAAUUUGGUGUGGUAUUUUAGGCGUUUAGACUUGCCGAGCAAUCUACCAGGGCUAAUCCUGACAUCAGAGCAUUGCAAUGGGGGAGUCCAGGUCCCCCAGUCCUCCUUGUCACAAGACAGCAAGUUGGUUUACAUCCAGUUGUUAUGGGACAAUGUCAACCUACACCAGGAUCCUGGGGAGGCUCUCUAUAUGAAAUGGCGGAAUCUGGAAUCCAUUAAGAAGACUGCAGCUCCUAUACCAAAGGAACUUCAUGAUAUCAAUAAUUUAUUGGAGAGCAUUACGCUCAGUAUACAGCACAAUGAUGUUUUGAGGCCUAUCAACCUUAUCUUGCAGAAGUGUGGCUCAGGUGGCAAACGGCAAAGAAGCAUUUACAGAGAAAUACUAUACCUGUCUCUGGUUUCCCUUGGCAGAGAAAAUAUUGAUAUUGAGGCAUUCGACAAUGAAUACAGACUUGCUUAUGAAAAAAUUCCAUCUGAUCUUCUCAAAAAAAUGCAGAAGAUUGAUGUGCCUCCAAGCAAAAACAUAGAGUUCUGUCGAACUGUCUUUGGGUCCCCUUUGAUUUGAAGGACAUCUUUUGAAGAAUUCUUGUGUUUCAUUCCUUGUUAUGUUUUCAGCACAAAUGUAAAGGACAGAAUGCCUCCACUUCUGCUCAAUCUCCCAGCAGCAUGGACCCAGGUGGAAUGGUUCAUUUCCUAAACAUAACAUGGGUUCAUCUGCUGCACAAGGCAAUUAUAAGCAACUGCUUCUUCUCUUUAAUGUGCAUGGAAAUGAGUGGAAGGUUGAAACAUGAAUGAUGCAAGUAUAAUGAGUGUUCCAUCACACUGCCACCUUCACCCAAUUUUGGAGGGAAAAAUGAAUUCUGAAUUGAUGAUAUACAGCACUUUAAAUUUACAUGCAUUUUCUGACUUAACAUUUAAAUUAUUUCAUUUAUUUUUCAUUUACAAUAUACAUUUGACAGUUUUGCCAUCCUGGUGUAUUACCUAGUAAUGCUUUGCAAUGUUCUUGAACAGUGGAGCUUGGUCCGCCUUUGACAAUCCUCCAUCCAGAAAGUUACCUGUAUCCAUGACACACUUAUGGGCCAGGCCACCUACGUGCAAGAGUGUCCUAUAUGUCU